GUCGUAUUGAAUUUACCGUUGAUGCUCGGUUGUUAUAAAUAAAAUAAAAAUGAUGAUCGGCAAAUCCAUGUUCAUCACAGCUAUCGCCGCUUCAAGUUUGCGUUUAAUUACAGGAAGCGGUGAACCGUUUUCAUGUUGGGAUUAUCAAACAGGGUAUUAUGCUGACCCUCUCGACUGUACACGUUUUUACCAAUGUGAAACAGGGAUGUUUCAUAAAUCUUGUGAUGCCAAAUAUUUUAAUGAACAGAUCAACAACUGUGAUUGGCCGGAUAGGGUGGAGUGCUCACCAACACCAGGCGCAACAUUCAUUUGCAAUGACUCACCUGUGGGUCUUCAUUAUUACACAGAUCCAGCAAAUUGUUCCAUGUAUUAUUCUUGCAAUUUGGUUGAGAACCGAGAAACAUGUGUUUCUGGACUAGCGUUCAAUGGCAUAAAAGGAUAUUGUGAUUUCAUGGUUAACGUUCCAAAUUGUACUAACAGUGAUGAACCAACCGACGAAAUAAAUGAAAAUGUACAGACAAUACAAAUUCCUAAAACGGAAUACCCUGAAGGAAAAUCACCUAGAAGACUCAGAACUGCGACUCUAGCAAAUCAUGGAAAUUGGCCAAAACCUGUCUGUAACGGUAGAGAAACUGUUCUUGUUACCAGAGCAAAAAGUGCAGUCCAAUGUUCUUUGUUGUGUUUACGACAUUACCCAGAAUGUCAAUCAAUUCGUUACGAAAAUUCGUCAACAUCGUGCGAAUUAUUGACGAGUAUGGAGCCAUCCGAAAAUGUCUACUGCGACAUGGACACCGACAGAGGAGGAUGGAAGGAAAUGUGCUCUCAAUGGGUCUUGCAGUGAAUAUCUCAACAUACGAUGAAGACAAUGAUGCUGCAAUCUCAGAUUCGUGUGUCACUGUCACCACGUUCUCUACUAGUGGAUGGUGGCUUCCAUAUUUUUCUGCAUGCAUUUUGAAUGCCGAUUAUCAUAGAACCUUCUCGUGUGAAAUUAAUGGACAAUAUGUACAUUUGACUCGGUCAGAAAUAAAGAUGAAGCGUCUGAGGAGAAGAGUUUAAUAAUCUGGCUGUUAUGUUUAUUAGCUAGGGAAGCCACCAAUUGCACUCCGUUCAAGUGAGUCGCUGCUAAAAGCGAAACGACUUUAGAGUAGGCCUAUUGUAUUUUUAUUUAGAAGUUGCUUUUCUGUAUAAAAUAUUUUGUCUAAUAUUUUACUGUUAAUUAAAUCAUCACCGACACCACGAAGAGACUCAAACUUAAACUUCUUUUGUUUGACUAUUAUGUAAAUCGAACUCUACAUUUUUGACAUACAGGUAAUUGGUAAGAGUGCAACUUAUAUCAUUUAGUAAAUUAUACUAAUUAGCCAUAGCGCACAGACCGAGAAAAUUGAUUUUAUUUGUUCUUCUUCACGAACAAUCUUUCAGAGGGUUAUCAGAAGACGCGUGUGCGGCGUUGCAAUCGUUGUGAUCAGAUAGAUAUUGCCUGGCUGGGGUAGGACUAGACGUAAAUAUUCCGAGGCAUGCUUGUACAAUUGUAAACAUAGGCUAAAAUACAGUUUGUGUCUGGACAACGGAGCGCGUACAUGCGCAAAAAUGAGAUUUUCAUUUUCACGACGAAACUCAAACCUCGCUGAUAUGUGUAAACAAGCUAUGCUGGGUUUAUUUUUAUCAUUUUUAUGAACACUGUUCACGCUAAUUAUUUAAUAAAAGUUAAGAAAAGAAAAAUAAAUUGAGCAUUUGAAUUGAUUAAUGCUUUAUCUUUACACAUAUGUAAACAAAAUAUUUAAAAUUCAAUAUCUUAGUUGCGAAAUAUACGAUUUUGUGAAGCAUGACCAUUUUUUUCUCUCAAAACGUUGUUUUGCUCGAAAUUGGAGUUUGUGUCUUAAGUGUAAAAUCAAAACCAUAAAAAUAAGAUUUCUUUAUAUUUUUAGUGAUGAUAUAUACAUACAAUAUUGAUACAUAAUUUCCUUUCCUGAUUAAAAUAUUAAAAUAAACCACUAAGGCUAUUUUAGACAACACUUAGAUUAUAUUAAAUUUAUAUAUUCAA